UGCGCGCGCAGCCGGCGAGGGCUCGUGAGCUCUCCGGUGAGGGGGCUGAGGGGGGGAAGCGGCCGCCAUGUCGGGCCCGGUGGUGGAAGCCGGAGGCGUCGCCGCGAAGCGACCGGAUUCUUUCGACCUGUUGGAACGUUGCGGCGUCUGCCGGGAGCGGCUUAGAGGCGAGCGGGAACCACGGCUGCUGCCUUGCCUUCACUCGGUCUGCCGGGAAUGCCUGCGGGUCGCUCCGGGCCCCGCUGCCGCCCCCGCCCCGGAUGGGCCAGUGGUCGACUGCCCCAUCUGCAAACACCAAUGUCACCUGAAGGACGUGGUGGAGAACUACUUCUUGAGGGACAGCGGAGCCGAGACGGCCGCCACCAGCCAGGGAUCCAGUCAGUGCUGCACCAGCUGCGAGGACAACGCUCCGGCCACCAGCUACUGCGUGGAGUGCUCGGAGCCACUCUGUGAGACCUGCGUGGAGGCCCACCAGCGGGUCAAGUACACCAAGGACCACACGGUCCGGGCCACAGGCAGCAGCAAGGCGAAGGAGGGGGAGCGCGCCGUGUACUGCUCCGUGCACAAGCACGAGCCGCUGGUGCUCUUCUGCAACACGUGCGACACGCUCACCUGCCGUGACUGCCAGCUCAACGUGCACAAGGACCACCAGUACCAGUUCCUGGAGGACGCGGUGAGGAACCAGCGCAAGAUGCUGGCGACGCUGGUGAAGCGCCUGGGUGACAAACACGCCAGCCUGCAGCGUUCCACCAAGGAAGUGUGCAGCUUCAUGCGCCAGGUGACGGACGUGCAGAAGCGGGUGCAGGUGGACGUGAAGAUGGCCAUCCUCCAAAUCAUGAAGGAGCUCAACAAGCGCGGCAAGGUGCUGGUGAGCGACGCCCAGAGGGUGGCGGAGGGGCAGCAGGAGAAGCUGGAGCGGCAGCACUGGGCCAUGACCAAGCUGCAGCGACACCAGGAGCACAUCCUCCGCUUCGCUUCCUGGGCCCUGGAGAGCGACAACAGCACCGCUCUGCUGCUCUCCAAGAAGUUGAUCUCCUUCCAGCUCCACCACGCCCUCAAGAUGAUCGUGGACCCCGUGGAGCCGCAGGGUGACAUGAAGUUCCAGUGGGACCUCAACGCCUGGACCAAGAGCGCUGAGAGCUUUGGCACCAUCGUCUCGGAGCGGAGCCUCCCCCCACCGUCCCUCAGCCCCCAGCUGCCGGCCGCCAGCCCCCGUGGCCCCAGCCCGGCUGUGGGUGCCUCGCAGGGCCCCCUGCAAGCCACGGUGGUGAGCAAAGGGCAGUAUGCCCCCGGCCCCCUCCUGCAGCCCCCGGUGGGACCCCAAAUCGGGGCUGAGGAGGGGCAGGGGCCCCCCGGCAUCCCACAGAGCGGUGGGGGGGAGCUGGGGAUGCCCACCCUGCCUCAGUUUCCCCUGGGGGCCGAGGGGUUGGGUUGCCCUGACCUGUCGCCCCCCCACCUUUACCCGCAGACGGCCGAGGGCCCCGGGGACGCGGCUGUGGGCGCAGACCUCGCAGCCAACGGCCCCCCCGAAGCUGCUGUCGCAGGAGUGAAGAGGAGAAAACACGUUAAUCCUCCUGUGGAGGAGGAGAAGUUCAUUAAGAAGCUGCUCGUUAAGCGGAACCGCCCCCCCGGGGGCCCGGUGAGCACCCUCCUCCGCAAAGUGCCGCGGGUCAGCCUGGAGCGACUGGACCUGGAUCUGUCGGGGGCGGCGCAGCCCCCCGUCUUCCGCGUCUUCCCCGGCACCUCGGCCGAGGACUUCAGCCUCAUCGUCAUCGAACGGGGGGCGCACCCGUGGCCCCCCGCCCCCCUCGCUGUCAAGGAGGAGCAGCAGGAGGUGGCCAUCGGCGAUGCGCAGGACACCAAACCGGUGGGGCUCCUUCCCGAGCACCCCGGGGUGCCGGGACCCCCCAGAUCCUCGUCUGGGUUGGGAUCUACCCCCCCUGGAGCCCCCCCCGGCGCCGGGGUCUCCUGUUGCCGCGUCUGCUGCCAGGCUGGUGCCGUGGUGAUGUGCGACCGUUGUGAGCACUGCUACCACCUCGAUUGUCACCUCCCCGCCCUCCAGGAGGUCCCCAGCCCCGAGUGGAGGUGUCUGCUAUGCCAGGACCUGCCCCCCCCCAGCGAGGACCUCACCUUUGGGGAGGGGCUCCCCCACAAACUCUCCCCCCUGGACCAGCAGAAAUGCGAGUACGUGCUGCUGGAGCUGCUCUGCCACGAACCCUGCCGCCCCCUCCACCGCCUCUCCAGCUCCCCGGACGGCCACGACGCCAUUGACCUGACCCUCAUCCGUGCCAAGCUGCAGGAGAAGCUCACCCCCCACUACCGCUGCCCCGAGGAGUUCGCCCGGGACGUCUGGAGGAUGAUCCGACAGUUCAAUCGCCUCACUGAGGACAAGGCGGACGUUCAGUCCAUCCUGGGCCUGCAGCGGUUCUUCGAGACCCGGCUCAGCGCCGCCUUUGGCGACCGCAAGUUCUCCUCCGCCCUCCUCCUCGAGCCCGUCAUCCCUCUGGAUGAGGCCGAAGGCUCCCCGGCCCCCCCUGCCGGCCCCCUGGGCCCCUGAUACCCUUUUAUUUUUUGGGGGGGGGGUGGGGGGCAUCACCCUGCCCCGGUGACCCCACGGACCACAUGGAGGGAUGUGGGGGUGUCCCUGUCCCCGUCCCCCCCAUGGGGGUGUCCCUGCUCUAUGUCUAUUGGAGAAAUAAAGCCAUUGUCUCGGC